UUGUUUUCACUUCAUUCUCCUUGCCCCUCUCUCUAUAUUCUUUUACCUCUCUACCCUUCCUUUAGGCCGCCCCCUAUUUCUUUCUCCAUUAACCUCCUGUUUCUCUCUUUACCCGCCCCUAUUUCUUUCUCCAUUAACCUCCUGUUUCUCUCUUUAGUUAACACUCUCCCUUUUCUUUUCACUUCAUUCUCCUUGCCCCCCUCUCUCUAUUUAACACUCUCACUUUUCUUUUCACUUCAUUCUCCUUGCCCCUCUCUCUAUAUUCUUUUACCUCUCUACCCUUCCUUUAGGCCGUCCCCUAUUUCUUUCUCCAUUAACCUCCUGUUUCUCUCUUUAGUUACCUCUCUUUUUUUUUCACUUCAUUCUCCUUUUAUGUUCUUUACCUCUCUCUUCUUUUGCCCCCUAUUUCUUUCUCCAUUAACCUCCUCCCCCCCUAUUUCUUUCUCCAUUAACCUCCUGUUUCUCUCUUUAGCCCCCCCUAUUUCUUUCUCCAUUAACCUCCUGUUUCUCUCUUUAGUUAACAUUCUCACUUUUCUUUUCACUUCAUUCUCUCUCUAUAUUCCCUCUCUCUCUAGGCCUCCCCUAUUUCUUUCUCCAUUUCUCUUUACCUCUCAUUCUCCUGCCACUCUCUUUUUAACACUCUCACUUUUCUUUUCACUUCAUUGUCCUUGCCCCACUCUCUAUAUUCUUUUACCUCUCUACCCUUCCUUUAGCCCUCCGCCUAUUUCUUUCUCCAUUAACCUCCUGUUUCUCUCUUUAUUUACACUCUCACUUUUCUUUUCACUUCAUUCUCCUUGCCCCUCUCUCUAUAUUCUUUUACCUCUCUACCCUUCCUUUAGCCCUCCCCUAUUUCUUUUCUCCAUUAACCUCCUGUUUCUCUCUUUAGUUAAUUCUCCCUUGCCCCUCUCACCUUUCUUUUUCACUUCAUUCUCCUUGCCCUCUCUCUAUUUUACCUCUCACUUUUCUUUUCACUUCAUUCUCCUUGCCCCUCUCUCUAUGUUCUUUUACCUCUCUCCCCUUCCUUUAGGCCUCCCCCUAUUUCUUUCUCCAUUAACCUCCUGUUUCUCCAUUAACUCUCUUUUCUUUUCACUUCAUUCUCCUUGCCCUCUCUUAUUCUUUUACCUCUCCCUUCCUUUCCCUUCCCCUAUUUUUUCUCCAUUAACCUCUGUUUCUCUCUUUACCCCCCCCCUAUUUUCUUUCUCCAUUAACCUCUUGUUUCUCUCUUUAGUUUACACUCUCCUUUUCUUUUCUUCAUUCUCCUUGCCUUCUCUCUAUUUUUACUUUUCUUUUCUUCAUUCUCCUUGCCCCUCUCUCUAUGUUCUUUUACCUCUCUCCCUUCCUUUAGGCCUCCCUAUUUCUUUCUCCAUUAACCUCCUGUUUUCUCUCUUUAGUUUACAUUCUCACCUUUCUUUUUCACUUCAUUCUCCUUGCCCUCUCUCUCUAUGUUCUUUUACCUCUCUCUACCCUUCCUUUAGCCUUUUCCUAUUUCUUUCUCCAUUAACCUCCUUGUUUCUCUCUUUAGUUAACACUCUCUCCCUUUCUUUUUCACUUCAUUCUCCUUGCCCCUCUCUCUAUAUUCUUUUUUUUCUCUUCCUGCCCCUUCCUUUAGGCCUACCCCCUAUAUUUCUUUCUCCAUUAACCUCUUUUGUUUCUCUCUUUAGUUUACACUCUCACCUUUCUUUUCACUUCAUUCUCCUUGCCCCUCUCUCUAUGUUCUUUUACCUCUCUCCCCUUCCUUUAGCCCUCCCCCUAUUUCUUUCUCCAUUAACCUCCUUCUCUCUUGUUCUUUUAUCUCUCUCCCCUUCCUUUAGCCUCCCUAUUUCUUUCUCAUUAACCUCCUGUUUUCUCUUUUUCACUCUCACCUUUCUCACUUCAUUCUCCUUGCCCCUCUCUCUAUGUUCUUUUUAUCUCCCCCCUUCCUUUAGCCCUCCCCCUUCAUUUCUUUCUCCAUUAACCUCCUGUUUCUCUCUUUAUGAUUCUUACUCUCACUUUUCUUUUCACUUCAUUCUCCCUUGCCCCUCUCUCAUGUUCUUUUACUCCCUCUCUCCCCUUCCUUUACCUCUCCCCUUCCUUUUAGGCCCCCUAUUUCUUUUCUCCAUUAACCUCUGUUUCUCAUUAACACUCCUUUUCUUUUUUAUUCUCCUUGCCCCUCCCUAUUUCUUUUUCUCCAUUCCCCUAUUUCUUUCUCCCCUCUUUUUUCUCUUUGUUUCUCACUUUUCUUUUCUUCAUUCUCCUUCCCCCUUCUAUCCUCUCUCCCCUUCCUUCCUCCUAUUUCUUUUCUCCAUUAACCUCCUGUUUCUCUCUUUAGUUAACAUUCUCACCUUUCUUUUCACUUCAUUCUCCUUGCCCCUCUCUCUAUGUUCUUUUACCUCUCUCCCUUCCUUUAGCCCGCCCCUAUUUCUUUCUCCAUUAACCUCCUGUUUCUCUCUUUACCCUCCCCUAUUUCUUUCUCCCCCCUGUUUCUCUCUUUUAGGCCUCUCCUUUUCUUUUCUUUCAUUCAUUAACUCUCUCUGUUUCUUUUUCUCUCUUUCCCAUUUAUUAACUCUUUCUCUCUUUUUCUUUUCACUUUUCUUUCUCCUUGCCCCUCUCUCUAUAUUCUUUUACCUCUCUACCCUUUCCUUUAGGCCGCCCCCUAUUUCUUUCUCCAUUAACCUCCUGUUUCUCUCUUUAGUUAACAUUCUCACCUUUCUUUUCACUUCAUUCUCCCUUGCCCCCUCUCUCUAUAUUCUUUUACCUCUCUCUCCCCUUCCUUUAGCCCCCCCCUAUUUCUUUCUCCAUUAA